UGCGCGAUGUACUGGACGGCUAUGACGUCUGACGCAAAGUUUUUCAGCUUAUGAUCUUCUUAUAAUCGGACGGAGCGAUCAAAUCAUUACCUGGAAUCCAAAGGACUAUGGAAUGGCAUACUCGACAUUAUUUAGGUUAUCCGACGUAUGGUAUCCGAAACUGGUCCUGACAAAUCCGUACACAAAGCUUCCUGACCUUGGAGAUGACUGGAUGACAAUAAGGAUAUAUAACUCCGAGCAUACAACAUUUGUACCUGGAGCCGUUUUUGACACUUCUUGCAAUGUUGACGUCACAUUUUACCCUUUUGAUACGCAGACAUGUAAGCUGUCUUUUAACGUAUGGGGCUACGUAGGAACAGAAGUAUACCUACAUCCUAACGUUGAUGAAGCACUUUUGGAUUAUUACUCAGAGAAUGGCGAAUGGCAGUUGGAUUCUACAAGGGUAGAAAGAGUAGGCGGUGGCCAGGUCACGUCCGAUUCGUUAAAAAUCAUAUUCAAGAUCAAACGUAAACCAAUGUUUAUAAUUGUAAACGUAGUUCUACCAAUAGUAUUCAUGGCAAUGAUAAAUAUUGUGGUGUUCGUAUUACCAGCUGAAUCCGUAGAGAGAGUUUCGUAUUCCGUUACAGUGUUACUUGCUCUAGCUCUUUUCAUGACUCUUGUUGAAGAUAAUCUUCCCAAGACGUCAGAACCGAUGCCGAUCCUAAGCUACUAUUUGAUGAUUCUUUUGAUCUUGAGCACGCUCAUGACCGUGACAACUAUACUGAAUCUGAGUAUUUAUUUCAAGAAAGCCCAGGUACCCGGUUGCCUAAAAAGUAUAUUCAGAUUCGUGUACUGUUUCCGCUGUAGGUUCGGACGAAAGACUGAUAAAAAUAACAAGGUUUAUCCGAUAGACAAUACGAAUAAGAGGAAAAUUCCAGUCGUUACUACCAUCAAUUUGGAUAUAGAGGAACCAGACAUAACAUGGCAGGACAUCAGUACAUGCAUUGAUUGGAUUGCAAUGGCAUUCUUCUUUUUUGGGACCAUUGUUACAAAUGCAAUUUUCCUAUCGACAAUGGCAAAAAAUAAAGAUAGCACUUUGAAUAGCUAAUGC